GACAUUUGGGAUUCCGAAUCUGGGCUGAGUGUUGCCGAGAAGAGUCUUGAGAGAGGAGGUGUGGAGGCGGCCAUAGUAGAGUUUCAUUCCCGAGGAACAUCUUCGCAAUUGGGGAUCUCUCAAAUUGGUGGUUCAUCAUCCUCACGAAGGCCUAGCACUGGUCGAAAUCAAAGAGUGCCAAAACCCAAUUGAGGAACAGUGACCAAUAAUCAUGUCAUCCCGAGCAAUGGCAAUGAGCAGUCGCUCCGCAGCUGCGGCUGGCGGAGAGUCCUCCACUACUAUGGCGUCCCGCAAGACCACCAAGACCUACACCUACAAGGAUGAUGGUUCAGGCAAUGUGUCCUCCGAGGUCCACACUCACGUCGAUUCCUCCUCGGAUGUCACUCAGCAAGUGGUUCGCCGAAUGGAGGAGCGGAUCCGAAUGAUCACAGAUGAUUUCGAGUCCGAGCAACACCUCCGAAAGCGCAUUGAGCGUGAGAAGCAGGACCUCCAAAUCCAGAUCAUUGCUCUCUCUGAGCGACUCACGGAAGCCGAAGGCGGGGCAGAGAGCCAAUUGGAUAUCAACCGAAAGCGAGAGGCUGAGAUGGCCAAGCUCCGCAAGCUUUUGGAAGAGGUCCACAUGCAAUCCGAGCAGAGCAUCCAUCAACUCAAGACCAGGCACCAACAAGCCAUGAUGGAGGUCCAAGAGCAGAUCAACGUCAUCACUCGAAGCAAGGAGCUUGUGAUCAAGGAGAAGUCCAAGAUGAGCGUUGAGAUUCAAGAGCUUCUGGCUCAAAUUGAAAUGCUUUCCCAAGAGAAGACCUCGAUUAGGAAACACGUGGAGAAACUCGAAAUCCAAGUGCACGAGUAUAACAUCAAGAUGGAAGAUCUUAAUCGAACCGUCAUGGACGUGUCGAGCCAAAAGGCCAGACUCCAGCAAGAAAACGCCGAUUCCUCUCGCAAAUUCAAUGAGAUGAGGAUGGCUAUUGAAACCGCUGGUUUGGACAAGAACAAAGUGGCCAGCCAACUGAAGGAGCUUCAGUCCAGCCUUGACAAUGUGUCUCGCCAGAAAAUGCAGGCUGAGAGCAAAGUUCAAUCCAUGGAGCAACAGCUCAAGGUCAUUUCCAUCGAGUUGUCUGAACAGAAGGACAUGCGCAUGGAAUUGGAGCGUCAUGCCGGCAAAUGGAAGGACGAGUGCAUCGACUGGAAGAAGAAGUAUGAAAACGAAGCCCGUCUUCGCAUUGAGGACGUGGACAUGCUGAAGAAGAAGUUUGGUGCACAAAUCACCGCCCUUCAAGACCAGCUGGAUGCUACCAUUAGCAAGAUGAAAGCUUUGGAACAACAGAAGAACCGUCUCCAACAAGAGGUCCAAGUACUCAUCAAGGAUGUGGAAAUCUCUCAAACUCAUGUCAAGGAGGUCACCGUUCGUCUCUCGAACAGCGAGAAGCGAUGCGAAGAUUUGGCUGCCAAGUUGCGAGAGAUGACCAAUCUCUAUGAACGUGCAGAUCAAGAAAACAAAGCUCGUGCUCAAGAAAUUGUGCGAAUGAGCAAUGACAUGGACCGUUGCAAGAUGGAAAAUGAGAACCUUCGCAGGGACAAUGGCAAGCUCAAUGACGAUUGCCGUUCGUAUAAGGCCGAAUUGGAGUCCCUGAAGAAGCGAUUCCACGAGGUUGACAUGGAGAACCGGAAACUCGCUCACGACCGCGAGGAGCUGGCCAGAGCCUACAAGGAUGCUGACAAUGGCCGGAACCGCGCUGAAGGUCGCGUUCAUGAAUUGGAGAAUGAGUUGAAGAACCUGCGAACCGAUGCCGAGCGCCGACUCAUGGCCAAAGAUGACGAACUCAAUGGAACCCGCAAGAAACUGAUGACCGAAAUCGAGAGCCUGACCAUUCGCCUGCAAGAGGCCGAAUCUCGACUGAAGAACGAAGUUGAAAAGAUGAAGCAGAAGAUGGCAGUGACCAUCACUGAAUUGGAAAUGUCCUUGGACGCUGCCAAUAAGGGCAACAUGCAAAUGCAAAACACGGUCAAGACCCAACAAUCCAAGAUCAUGGAGCUGACUUCCAUUUACGAAGAAGCCCAACGACGAUUGUCUUCCACCGAGCAACAAUAUCAAUCAGUUGUGCAAAACAUCCAAAUCAUGGAGAAGGAGAUCGUCUCCCUCAAAUCUGAUUUGAGCACAGCCGUCAAUGACAAACGCAUAUCUGAUACCAAGAUCCAGGACAUCAGUGUCAAGAUCACUGAAAUCACCAACAUCAACAAUCAACUCACUCAGGUCAAGAUGAAGUUGGAGAAGGAGUUGUCUGCCGUCUCUGCCGAUUACGAUGACAUUGCCCGGGAAUUGAAAGUGGCUGACGAUCGAGCCAAUAAGGCCGGCCAUGAUGCCCAACACUUUGAAAGCCUAUUCAGAACCGAACAGACCAAGGUGGUGCAAUUGGAUCAAGCCAAAAAGGCCUUGGAAACCGAGGUCAGGACCAUGACUGUCCGCAUGGAAGAGAUCGAAUCCACCGCCGUCCAUAGCAAUCGCGUCACAAUCAAGAAAAUGGAGACCAGAAUCGAGGAGUUGGAGGUACUGUUUGAGCGAGAGAAGAAGAUGCACUUGGAGACCGUGACCUCCCUGCACAAGAAGGAGCGUUCCAUUAAGGAAUUACUUUUGCAAUCCGAGGAAGACAGGAAGAAUAUCAUCAUCCUGCAAGAGUCCCUUGAAAAAUUGAACGAGAAGAUCAAGAUGUACAAGAGGCAGAUGGAGGAGCAGGAAUCCAUUUCCAAUUCGAACAUCAUGCGUGUCAAGAAAUUCCAACGCGAACUGGAAUCUGCUGAGAACCGCGCCGUGGAGGCCGAGAGCUCGUUGAACGCCUUCAGAUCCCGCCAACGCGUCUACGCUACUGCUGAUACCCGCCGCGAGAAUGUUUCUGACGAAGUCGAACGCGAAGUGGUGGUCAAGAAAACUGUGCACAACGUUAACGUGUCCAACAUGUCGGAUAUGGCUACCGCCGGUCAAUCCUCUGCUUUGGCUUACUCCUCAUCUUCAUCCGCAGGAAACGCCUUGUCCAAUGCCCGAGAAAUGCGCAGUGGUUCCGCCCUUCGGGAUUACCGUGCCGGCUCCACCAUGGGAGAAUACAAGUCCAGCAGCUCGGCCAUGGGAGACUACCGUACCUCGGGCAUGUCGUCUUCGUACAGCCGAGCUGGCAGUGCUGCCCGUGCUUCCAGCAUGGCGCGAGGAUCCUCCAUGGCAAGGGCUGGAUCGAUCUUGAGAUACUAGCUCAGUUCUUCCAUUCAAAAUCCUUCUUUCUUCGCUUUUACUUUGACUCCUACCGGACACACCCACCUUCCGACAGAUUCGCCGUAUAGUUGAGUGUGGUCCAUUUCCGAGCACUUUGGCUUUUUUCAUUCCUAUCCUCCUUCGUCACCCUUCUUCCCUCCACUUCACCGCUUGGAAUGAGUCAACUGCCAAGGGCUCAUAUGGGCUGGUAUGAGCUCUCGGCCAGACCUCCAGGCUGUCAUCAUGUAUUUUAGGCUAUUCGAAAAUGAAAAAUCCCCCUAUAAAUGCGACCGCGUUGCAAGAGUUCUCCCAUGAAUCGUACCUAUUGGGAUCAGACUCUGCAUCUGCUGCAUUUUGUGACAUCAAAUGAUGAUCUUGUAAGUAAUGUCAACCAAAAAAAAAAGCUAAUGUAAGUCGCUUUUACACCAAUAAAGAACGCCAAGUCUUGCUGUGUACGAAUUCCACCAAA